AUGGAUGAAAUUAAACAAAAACUUCCAAAAAUUGAAGUUAAUCAAGGAACAAUUGAAUAUUCAAGUGAACUGGAAUCAUCAGAAUCUGAUGAAGACUUUGAUGCAAGUGCUAAUGACGAGCGUAAAUUUCGACUUGAAGAGCAUCGAGGUAGUAAUUUAGUGUUGCAACAUAUCACUGGACGUCGUGGGUCAUUUCUAUAUAGACAAGAGACAAACUCUGGACAUUCAUAUUAUAGUUCAAGGCACGAAUCAAUUACCGGCGAUGAAACAACUAGAUAUCAAAUUGAUGAACCGAUUGUAACACCAUUUGCUCAAAUAUUGGCUAGUUUAAGAAAAGUUCGAUUAAAUUUUAUUAUAUUAACAAAUGUGACAAGUACAAGAGAUUCACGAUUUGGAGCUGUUCAAUCAAUACAAUCUAAUGAAGAUGGAAAUAGUUCUUCACACUUAGGUUACAGUGGCGGACAAAAUAAGAUAACAGCCAGUGAAACAUUGGAAGAACUUGAAUGGUGUUUAGAAAGAUUAGAAAAUAUACAAACCCAUCGAUCUGUUAGCGAUAUGGCAUCGAGUAAAUUUAAGAAAAUGUUAAAUAAAGAAUUAAGUCAAUUCGCUGAUGCUGGUCAAAGUGGCAAACAAAUAUCUGAAUAUAUUUGUUCAACAUUUUUAGAUUCAAAAGAAAAUGAUCCAUUAACAACCACAAAUCACCCAUCUAUGAUAUCACAUAAUAAUACACAUGGAAUAAUGUCGAAUAGUAUAAAUAAAGAUAUAAUAAUAAAUAAUCAUGAUAAUCCUACUGAAGUGAAUACAUAUAAAACUGUUGAACCCGGUGAAAUAAUUCAAACAACAGCAACAACUACAACAACAACACUGACUGAUAAUAAUGAUGGUGAUACAAUGAUAGCAAUGACUAGUGAUAAUAACAGUAGUAAUAUUCCUAGUACAAUUAAACGUACAACCGCAGCAAUGGGAUCUACUAUAAUCAAUAAAUCAUUGUCGAAAUUAUCUUCUUCACUAUCAACAUUAUCAUUGAAAAUGAAUAGUAAUAUGAAUGUAAAUGAAAAUACUAAUAGUAAUGACAAUGAUAAUAAUAAUAAUAAUAAUAUAAUGAUAAAAUCUAGUGGAAAUUCUCAUAUCACAAUGUCAAUCCAUUCUUCUGGUACAUCACCUCCUCCUCCUACUCUAUCUCAUCAACAUCAUAGUGAAUAUGAUAAAGUCCACUGUUCACAAACACAAAUUGUACCAUAUGUAAUAAAUUCAAUAAAUCCAAAGAAACUCGAAGAUCUUCUAAAAACUUCCCUUGAUCUAUGGGGUAUUGAUAUAUUUGAAGUAGAUCAACUUACUACUAAUCCACUAACGUGUAUAUUUUAUAAUAUUGUACAGAAAAGAAAUCUUUUGCAAAAAUUUGCUAUACCUGAACGUAAUUUACUUCUAUACAUGAAUGCUGUUGAAGAGAAAUAUAACGAUAAUCCGUAUCAUAAUCGUGUUCAUGCAGCUGAUGUUGUACAGUCAACACAUGUAUUAUUAAAUGCACAAUCAUUAGAGUCUGUAUUUACAGAUUUAGAAAUUUUCACAGUACUAUUUGCAUGUGCUAUCCAUGAUGUCGGUCAUCCAGGGGUUACAAAUCAAUAUUUAAUUAAUACAAAUGAUCAAUUAGCAAUUCUAUACAAUGAUUCAUCUGUAUUGGAAAAUCAUCAUUUAGCUAUAGCAUUUUCCCUAUUAGGUCAACCAGGUCAUGAUGUUUUUGAGAACUUUCCACGUAAACAACGACUUAGUUCUAGACGUAUGAUCAUUGAUAUGGUUUUAGCUACAGAUAUGUCCAAACAUAUGAGUUUGUUAGCUGAUUUGAAAACAAUGGUUGAAACAAAAAAAGUUGCUGGAUCCGGUAUACUUACAUUAGAAAACUAUAUUGACAGAAUGCAGAUUUUACAAAAUAUGGUACAUUGUGCUGAUUUAAGUAAUCCAGCUAAACCAUUAGAUUUGUAUAGACAAUGGACUAAUCGUGUUAUGGAAGAACUUUUUCAACAAGGUGAUAAAGAACGUGAAUUAGGCAUUGAAAUAAGUCCAAUAUGUGAUCGAAAUACAGCAACUAUUGAAAAAUCACAGGUCAGCUUUAUUGAUUAUAUUGUUCAUCCAUUAUGGGAAACAUGGUCAGAUUUAGUUUAUCCAGAUGCACAAACUAUUUUAGAAACAUUAGAAGAUAAUCGUGAAUGGUAUUAUAAUCAAAUUAAUGAGAAUAAUAAUGAAGAAAAUGAUGAAUGA